AUGAUAUCAGCCCGCCGAUUAAGUCAAUGUGCCGUGAGCGGUGUAUGCGGAUACCAGCCUUACUGCGCUUCCUAUGCGCCUCCAGCACAGCCGUGUCAAUGCGCAGCACGAGGAUACUCCUGUGGAACUUACGGCUGCUAUAGAGCUCGAGUGCGCGGAUCGAAGAGCUUUCAACCUAUACGGUCUCGCUCACGAGCUCAUUUUGAAGAAGAGGAUAGCAUAGAGCAGGACAGGGAGGUUCUAAGGCAGAGACUUCGAAUGGGCAAACGUCUCCGUAAUGAGCCGCUAACAGAAAGCGAGGAACUAGAAAUGGUGUCAUCUUCAGUAGCCGAAAACAGGCGGAGGACCGAGCCAAUUGACCCUAACCGUGCAUUCCUGGAAUGCUGCAUGGAUAGACAACUUCCCGAUGCUUGCCUCGCCAAGUGCAACUUCAGAACGUACACAAAACAAUCGUUGACUGCAAUGUAUUUCAAACAAGACCCGUGUCCUCUGGAAGCGAUGAAGGAGAUGCAGUUCUGUGCCGCUCAGGGAAGAGAUCACUCUGAGUGCUGUGCUCGCAACGGUGUAACCACAACAUUGGCAGGCAUGAAAUGUCUUACAUUCUGUGAUCAGCGACUAGGAAAGCCAAAGCAGUUAGAUAUGUCCUAUGUUCCUUGCUUCGAUCGCUUUGAGAACAUGAAAGCAUGCUUCUGGCACGACUUGACUCACUACUAUAGGAAGAAAUAA